AUGCACUCGCGUCGACCCGAGACCUUGAAGAUUGACAUCUCCAAGUAUAGGGGAGUCGAAGAGGACUCCCUCUUGAGAUGGUUCGUCGAAUUGGAUGACACCAUAAGGGCGCGUCGCAUCGAAGACGGGGAAAUGCAAGUUGCAUUUGCCCAGUCAAAUCUGGCAGGACGUGCCAAGACUUGGACUUUGGGGCUCAAGUUGCACGACCCAUAUGCGUUUGGGUCGUUGGAAGUCUUCAAUUCGGGGCUCAGACAAACGUUUGAGCCGCCUAGAGCUGAGUUCAGAGCUCGAACUGAACUCUUGAAGCUCAAGCAGGGUAAGCGUGAUGUGCACGCUUACGCACGACAUGUACGACAUCUCACGAGUUGUAUAAUUUCCAAUCCGGUGGAUGAACACACGUUGGCUUCGGUUUUCAUGCAGGGUCUUGCGGAUGGUCCCGUCAAGACUCACAUGUUCCGGCUUGAACUAGAUUCACUAGAACAAGCCAUUUCCAUUGCGGAACAGGAAGACUUCAGUCUGAGACAGGCUCGCGCCAGCUCGACAUCAUAUCGUCAACCGAGACGAUAUGACAACGGAGGUCCAGAGCCGAUGGAACUCUGUUAUGUAGAGAGCGAGAAGGCUCGCUCUACAGACUACAAGAAGUUGCAGAGAUGCAAGAGAUGUCAAAAGACAGGACACUACGCUUACGAGUGUAGUGCCCUCGUCCAGUGUCUCGCAACACUGGGCGUAGUGACCGUCCACCCAUGA